AUGGCGAAUUGCCGUGGUCACCAUCCAUCUGGUGCCAGUAUCUGGUGCUCGGAAAAUGUAGUGUAUUUGACGUCGGGAACACGCAUGUGCCAGCCUCUUGGUCUAUUCUAUGCGACCAAAGAUGACGAAAUGAUUGCAAUCGCCAUCCAGCUGUACCAGGAAAAGGGAGAUAAGAAUCCAGUGUUUCUUCCGAGUGACGACGCUAACCUGUGGACGAUGGUGAAGCUUUGGUACAACAUGGCGGAUUCCAAUCAACACCAAGCUGUGACCCAUCUAGGGAACACCCAUCUGAAAGCGGAAGGUGUAAGCAUUUGUACUCACAGGAAUCUGUCGCCGUCGCAUCCAGUCUUCAAGCUCCUCGCGCCGCACUUCAUGCACAUCAUGGCUAUAAACAGAGAAGCUUUAAAAAUUCUCGCUUCUGAAGAAGGAUUUUUCAACCAAUUCUUCGCUAUCGGCUUGGACGGAGUGUGGACAUUGUUAAAGGGGACCGACAGCUUCCGUCUAAACGUCGACAGUCACUUACCAAACGAUGUGAAGGCCCGUGGGAUGGACGACCCCGAGGUAUUGAGAAACUACCCUUACCGUGAUGACGCUAUCCUCUCGUGGAACGCUCUUCACAAAUAUGUAAAGAGUACAGUAGCACUUUACUACGAGAACGAUACGACUGUACAGGAAGAUCAUGAGAUACAGCAAUGGGGCAAGGAAUUGGUAGCUCCUGUUUGCGAAGGUGGAAUUGGAAUGAGAGGCGUCCCGGGAAACGGAAAGUUCCAAACCGUCGCAGACCUGGUCGAAACUAUCACCUGCAUCAUCUACCUCUGCAGUGUGAAGCACGCGGCGGUCAAUUUCUCGCAGUACGAUGAGUACGGAUUUCCCGCUACCCGUCCGUCGCACCUGAUGGGAGAACCGCCUAAGAAUAAGGACCCACUCACGGAAGGACAGCUAUUGGCGGCGCUUCCCGAUAAACUGAAAGCUUUGAUAAUUGCUGCAAACGUGAAAGUCCUAUCCAUGAGAGCUACGCAACCACUUGGGUAUUUUGAGACAACCUAUCUGUACGACCCAAGGGCACUGGAAAUUGCCAGCGAUUUGCGUGAGGACUUCUUGAAAGCAAGCCUAGUCAUUAAGGAGAGAAACAAGACGAGGAAAUACCUGUACGACAUCUGUGAUCCAAUUUUCAUGCCAAAUUCUAUCAGCAUUUGA